GAUUUUGAUGAUAGUAACUUUUCACUAUGGGGAAGUGGAUAGUGGUGGAUGCUCCUUGCUGCUCAGAGCAUGGCAGUCGGAACAGUAAUGGUGCGCUGGGUUUCCAAAUACUCUGAUCCUAUCAUGGCAACCCGAUGGCAUAUGGUGAUCGUGCAACAAAAGGUAGACUGCCGAAGUUCAGCUCCCUCACCCAGCAUUGCCGCACUAUGAUUUACCGAAGUGAAGACAACAGAUCCUGCGAGCCAAACAAAAGAAAGGUCUUGUUUGGGACAGAACCCAGAGUCCAGAUUCCUCCACUCGCACCUACUGAUUUUGGAAUCAAGACCAGGAAUUCAUAUUUAUCUCCAACAUUCGGGUCCCCUGGUUCUGGUAUCCAAACGAAGGAUCUUCCCGUUACUGAAAUGGAGCUGUCCGAGGAUUAUACAUGCGUGAUAUCUCACGGUCCUAAUCCCAGAACCACACACAUAUUCGAUAACUGCGUGGUGGAAAGCAUAUAUGAGUAAAUGAUCUUGUAAUUA